AUAACCACAACCCAAAGAGCUGGGGCGGGGUGAGGACAGGGGAUCCAGUGCGCUGCACCAGCCGCAGCAGCCUGCUCCUCCCUCCCUGCCAGGUCCCCAGCCCAGGCAAGGAGUCAGCCCCUUGCCACCCAACAACUGGAACCCUCCAGCCCCACCCUGUGUAUUCUGGAGCCAGUGGGGUCCACCUUCUGGAGCUUAAUGGGGCCCACAGCCCCUGUUGCUCUCUGGGAGGUCACCUGAAACUCAUCAUCUGGAUGAACGCUUUUUAAUUUUCAAAGUGCUUUUCCACUGCCAUCUUUAUUCACCCGAGACUCCCUGGUGAGCACCUGCUAAGCCUGGAUUACUCACAACCCUCACCUGCUCGAAGGAUGACAGAAACCACAGCCCAGAAAGAUGGCCGACUUUUCCAUGGUCACACAUCUUGCUAGGAUGCAGCCAGAACGCCUCCCUCCUCCUCCCCGACCCUAGGCAGUCUACACUGUGGGUGGGCUGUGGGUCCCCUGGAGAAAGAGGAAAAAGCAUCUCUUUGCCUGGGACCUGCCAUCUAAUCACUCCUCCUCUGGGACAGAUCAAGGCCUGCAAAGAAGGUCGCUCCUGUGGUUGGUCCAGCCCAGAAUGCAGCCUUGAGCCUGGCUUAGGCCACCACCUACUCCAGCUCUCUCCACCCCCUAUUUUACUGCAGCUCAGGGGGGUAGGCUCUAGGCUCCAAAGUACCUGGGUAUUGUCCCUUCAUCAAGAAAGCCCCACAGCUCUGGAGGGCUCUGAUAAUCCCAUUGUCAGCUCUCUGAAAAGACAGCAUGGCUAUUACCCUACAGCCCAGUGACCUGAUCUUUGAGUUCGCAAGCAACGGGAUGGAUGAUGAUAUCCACCAGCUGGAAGACCCCUCUGUGUUCCCAGCUGUGAUCGUGGAGCAGGUACCCUACCCUGAUUUACUGCAUCUGUACUCGGGACUGGAGUUGGACGACGUUCACAAUGGCAUCAUAACAGACGGGACCUUGUGCAUGACGCAGGAUCAGAUCCUGGAAGGCAGUUUUUUGCUGACAGCUGUACCCCCUGCCUUGUGCCCUGAGGGAACUUUUCUUCUCUCCUCCCACCAUGGAACCCGGACCAGAUGACAAUGAGGCCACCUCGCACACCAUGUCAACCGCGGAAGUCUUACUCAAUAUGGAGUCUCCCAGCGAUAUCCUGGAUGAGAAGCAGAUCUUCAGUACCUCCGAAAUGCUUCCAGACUCGGACCCUGCACCAGCUGUCACUCUGCCCAACUACCUGUUUCCUGCCUCUGAGCCCGAUGCCCUGAACAGGGCGGGUGACACUAGUGACCAGGAAGGGCAUUCUCUGGAGGAGAAGGCCUCCAGAGAGGAAAGUGCCAAGAAGACUGGGAAAUCAAAGAAGAGAAUCCGGAAGACCAAGGACAACCGAAGUACCUCACCUGUCACUGACCCCAGCAUCCCCAUUAGGAAGAAAUCAAAGGAUGGCAAAGGCAGCACCAUCUAUCUGUGGGAGUUCCUCCUGGCUCUUCUGCAAGACAGAAACACCUGUCCCAAGUACAUCAAGUGGACCCAGCGAGAGAAAGGCAUCUUCAAACUGGUGGACUCCAAAGCUGUGUCCAAGCUGUGGGGGAAGCAGAAAAACAAGCCUGACAUGAACUAUGAGACAAUGGGGCGGGCACUAAGAUACUACUACCAAAGAGGCAUACUGGCCAAAGUGGAAGGGCAGAGGCUGGUGUACCAGUUUAAGGAGAUGCCCAAGGACCUGGUGGUCAUUGAAGAUGAGGAUGAGAGCAGCGAAGCCACAGCAGCCCCACCUCAGGCCUCCACGGCCUCUGUGGCCUCCGCCAGUACCACCCGGCGAAACAGCUCCAGGGUCUCAUCCAGAUCUGCCCCCCAGGGCAAGGGCAGCUCUUCUUGGGAGAAGCCAAAAAUUCAGCAUGUCGGUCUCCAGCCAUCUGCGAGUCUGGAAUUGGGACCGUCGCUAGACGAGGCGAUCCCCACUACCUCCACCAUGCUCGUCUCUCCAGCAGAGGGCCAGGUCAAGCUCACCAAAGCUGUGAGUGCAUCUUCAGUGCCCAGCAACAUCCACCUAGGAGUGGCCCCUGUGGGGUCGGGCUCGGCCCUGACCCUGCAGACGAUCCCACUGACCACGGUGCUGACCAAUGGGCCUCCUGCCAUUACUACUGCUCCCACUCAGCUCGUUCUCCAGAGUGUUCCAGCGGCCUCUACUUUCAAGGACACCUUCACUUUGCAGGCCUCUUUCCCCCUGAACGCCAGUUUCCAAGACAGCCAAGUGGCAGCCCCAGGGGCUCCACUGAUUCUCAGUGGCCUCCCCCAACUUCUGGCUGGGGCCAACCGUCCGACCAACCCAGCGCCACCGACGGUCACAGGGGCUGGACCAGCAGGGCCCAGCUCUCAGCCCCCUGGGACUGUCAUUGCUGCCUUCAUCAGGACUUCUGGCACUACAGCAGCCCCUGGGGUCAAGGAGGGGCCACUGAGGUCCUCCUCCUAUGUUCAGGGUAUGGUGACGGGGGCCCCCAUGGAGGGGCUGCUUGUUCCUGAAGAGACCCUGAGGGAGCUCCUGAGAGAUCAGGCUCAUCUUCAGCCACUUCCAACCCAGGUGGUUUCCAGGGGUUCCCACAAUCCGAGCCUUCUGGGCAACCAGACUUUGUCUCCUCCCAGCCGCCCCACUGUUGGGCUGACCCCAGUGGCUGAACUUGAGCUCUCCUCAGGCUCAGGGUCCCUGCUAAUGGCUGAGCCUAGUGUGACCACAUCUGGGAGCCUUCUGACAAGAUCCCCCACCCCAGCCCCUUUCUCCCCAUUCAACCCUACUUCCCUCAUUAAGAUGGAGCCCCAUGACAUAUAAGCAAAGGGGUCAGGGCAAGUGUGACCCACCAGGCAAAAUUGAGCAGCAUUUUCAUAGGGACCGACUUCAGUAGCACACCUGCCCCUGCAUUUCAGUGGGAUGUCAAUACACUUGACCCCAAGUCCCCCGGCCCUGCCUGGUGUCACUGUGGCCAAACAGUGCCCAGCUUAAGCAUCCCUGGCAUCAGACUAUGGCCUUCAAGAGCACUAGGGCAUAUGCUUUUGGCAGCAUAAUGGGCUGACUUGGUGAUGGAGGGAAAAAGCCUUGAGCCAGGCAGAAGUUUGUGGCCAGGGUUUGUGCAGCAGCUUUGUGAGAAGAGCCCUUCUACCUGGCUCUAUCUCACUGGCUGCAUUCCCUACACAGGGAAUUUACUACCCUAUAUGUGAAUAUCCCUGUAUGUACUUGUGUGUACUUGUUGGUCUGUAUCUUAGUUUCUUUGGGGAGGACAGGGCUGUAGCUGUGAGGUCUUGUCUCCAAGGGUGUGUGUAUGUCUCCGUGGAUCAGCCACAGGGAUAGGGAUUUUGUUUUUAAGGGAAAGCAUUCUCUAAUUCCCUUUGUUCUUGCCGAGAUUCAGUUGCUCUGAGACUAUGGGGUACAAGUUUGAUCCCCCAAAUCUGGAGAUGUUGUAGAGCUGGAACGAGUGCAGAGUAGGAACGCUUUGAUGCGCAUGCACAUUGGGGAAGAUGCGCUCCUCAGGGACACGAAGGCCGAGUGGGGUAAAACCACGAGGGGAGGGAAGGGAAGUCAGCUCUGGGAGCAGCCCUCACUGGCUGGACCAAGGUACUCUUCCUGGAGUUUGCCGUGUUAGCAACCACAGUCACCUUGCAGUCAGGCUGGAAUCUUGGGCCACCCCAGAGUGCUUUGCUGAAGGAUUUAGAUGGGGGUGAAGUGCCCUCCAGCCUCAGAGCUAGCCACAAAGCCCCCAGAGCUGAAUUCAUUGAGUAUUUGUGCCUAGGGCUUGGGCUGUUUGUGUGAUACCGGCCCCUUGCCAGACAAUAGCCUUUGCUGACACCCCAGCCUACUUCCCCGAUCCUGGGCUCCCUCUUGAUUACUUUUUGACAUUUUCCAGCUGUCAGGCAUCACUGCGGCUAGUCCGGCAGCGACCUAGAUGGGGUCCACCCCCAUUCCUGCUCAAGCAUGGGCACCUACCACAUGGUUUCUGCUGCUCAGCCUGCCUGCAACUCACCUCGAAGGCGGACCAGCCUGCCUCUGUGAUGACUGCAGCAGACCUCCUUGGGUGUACCAAUGCCCCUCAUCUCCCACUUUCACACCUAACCCUGACUCCUUCACCAAGAAGACGGGAGUCGGCAGCCAGGAGUUCCCGUGGCACCUCUCUCUCUUCGUGGCUCCCUGCUUCCCCCUUCCCUCUUUCCGAGGAAGGGUCAACCUAUUCUCUCUCAAAGCCAACCCCUAGGCCAAUUGCCUGGAUCUCCUCCCCUCUCCCUUCUUUAAACGAGCUUGCCUCCCUCCUGCCAAGUUUGAGGGCAAGGCUAAGAAAUGUCAGCCACGGAAACAACUCUAUUAUCUGGUGACUUUGGGUAAUGUGAAUCAGUGCCUGAGGACCUUUGCUGUGUCCUUGGUACAAAACCAUCCACUUGACCUAACUACCUCCCCUGGCCGCGCUCUUGCUCUUCUCUUCUUUGUCAAGCCAACAACUAUCACCCUCUCCCACUCUUCUUCUCCCUGCCCCCUGGAGGGCACUGUGUUUGGUUGUGCAAAUGUAUUUACUAUGCGUGUUUCCAGCAGUUGGCAUUAAAGUGCCUUUUUCUAAUAAAAUCAGUUUAUUAUGACA